AUAAAUGAGUGUCAGAGUAAAAUUAGAUAAUAAAGAGAGAGGAUAUUAUGCCUCAUUAUAUUAAGCAGUUGAUGCAACAGUAUUUGAAUACAUAAUUGCAUUAGAAUAGUGGUUAAAUUGGAGGAGCUUAAGCUGUCACAUUUUUUAAAAGAUCAGGAUUAUCAGUUGAUAUUUUAAAGAAGAUUUGGUUAAUAAGUUCACCUAAUAAUUAAACUUUGAAUAAAGAAGAAUUUUAUGUGGCAUUAAAGUUGAUCAGUUAUGCUUAAAAUAAUAUUGAGGUUUCAAACGAUUCAAUUUAAAGAUGUAUUCCAAGUCCAUUACCAUUAUUUUAAUCUGAUACAGAAGAAGUCUAUAAACUAAAACCAGAAUAAGAAAGGUUAUAUCAAAAUUAUAUUUAAUAAUUGGAUCAUUCCAAUUCCUCAGUAAUAUAAUAUUAUUAUAUAUUAGGUUUCAACCUAAAUGGCUAUCAAUUUGUUCAAAAAAACUUAACUUACUUAAUCCUAAUUAUAAAGUAUCAUUAAUCUUGUUGAUCCAAAUCUAUAAACUAAACCAAGAAUAACCACACAUUCUUAUAUAAUUAUAGCUCAUCUUAUAUCUUUAGCAUCUUAGAGUGUUCCAAUACCAUAAAAAUUACCAAAUUCUUUAUCAGAAUACUUAAAUUAACAAAUAUUGAUAUCUUAAUAAUUAUCUACACUUGUUUCUAAAUCUAAUGAUCUUUUAGAUUUUGAUGCUAAUUUUGAUAAAUCUAAAUCUCCUAUUGAUAAAUGUAUCUAUUUUUUAUUAAGUAUUUAGAUAGUGCUUUCAAUUAUAUGGAAAUACCUAAUCCUAUUAUUGAAUAAACACCUCUUCAAUAAUAAACUUAAUCAACUACAUCAUAAUCAUUUUAAAUACCUACAAAAUCAACAUAAUAAUCAAUUUAAUAAUAAUAAAAGUCAAAUGACUCAAUUAUAAAUGAUAAUGAAUCUUAAACAUUAACAUAAUAAAUUAUUUUAUAAACUGUUACUUAAUAGUAAAUACUACCUUCAUAAAAUAUGAUUUAAUAAUAACAAUAAUAAUCACUUCUUUCUUAAAAACCUAAAUAAAAUAUAGAUUUUUAAAAAUAAGUCCUACUUUAAGAAUAAAUGUUAAUACAACAAUAAUAAUUAGAAUAGAAUUAUAAAGAAGCUAAUUAUUUACUCAAUGAAUUUAAGGAAUCUCAUGAGAAAAUCUUAAUUUCAACCCAAAGUUAAUUAGAAUCAUUACAAACCACAAAUGAACAAUAUAAAACUUUAUUAAAAAAGAUUUCAGAUGAAAAUUAUUUAUUCUAAGAAGAACUAAAAUAAAUUGAUUAAUAAAAGUAAAAACUUACAGAAUCUUUAAGUAAAUAAGCAAUUGAAAUUAAUUAAAAAUUAGGAUUGAAUAUUUAAUUAAAAUAAGAAUAUUCUAAAUAAACUACAAAUACAAUUAAUACAGUAUCAGAUUAUGCAAAUUAAAUAAUAGGAGAUUUAAGAUCCAAUUAUGAAAUUGAGUAAGAAAGAAAGAAAAGAUAAGAAUAAGAGUUAUAAAAAGAAUUAAAAUUAUAAAGAGAUUAAAUGAGUUCAAUAUUUGAAACUUUAAGUACUUUAACUAAAGAUUUAAAAUCAUAAAGAAAGAAUUCUACUCCUUAUUAACCAAUUGAAACACAUGAAGUACAGAAUAAUACAUUUGUAUCUUUUUAACCAGAUUAAUAACUGUUAUAAAUUAAAGCUAAUUAAAUAUAAUUAGAUUAGUAAUAAUUUGGAGAAGUAUUAGAAAAAAAAAAUGAUAUUAUUGAUUUUAGAGUAAUUAAAUCAUAAGAAUAAUAAUCAGAAUAAAUUAAAUUAGUUGAGUCAAAUAAUAAAGAAUAAUUUGAUGUAUUUUCUUUAUACAAUGAUAAAUAAAAUAAGGAUUUAAUUAAUUAAGUAGUUUAAGCAGAUGUGAAUGAUUAAAAAUAAUUAGAAUUAUUUGAAUAACAACAAUUUAAAUAAUAAUUAGUAGAAAAUUUUGGAUUUACUGAAAAAAAUUAUGUUUAAUAACCUCAAUAAUAAUAAUAAGAAAUAAAAUUAGAAGUAGAUAUUGGAUUUGGUAAUCAUAAUAAUAAUGUUGAUAAUAAAAAUAUAGAAGAUCAUUAAGAAAUUUAAUAAAAAGAUGAAUAACAAAUAAAUAUUCAAUUUGAUUAAAAUCCAUCUAUCAAUUUUGAUUAAAAUUUUGUAUUUGAUUAAGGAUUAAAAUAAAGUGAUGAAGUUUAAAUAGAUUUUGAUGCAAAUAAAGAGUUUGGAGGAGGUGAUUGGGGAGGAUUUGCUGAGAAUUUGGCUAAAGAAUCUCAUCAAUAAUAAGAUGAAUUUUAAACAUUUUCAUGGUGA